AGUCACUGUGACUCACGAGCAGUACAUGUCACAAAAAAAAAUUAAAACUCAAAGUUUGACUGCUUACAAGUCACUGGGUACAGCCGUUGCUGCGACAGUCGGUGUUCGCGCUAUACAGCAAGUGGUGUUGGUGUUUACCGUGGAAUAUCAUAUCGGUCCGCAAAUCCUUCCAAAGCCGUUGCAACUUGCAUUGAUCGAUUUAUCGUUCCGGCCCAGGAUCAAACACGUCUCCAAGUUACAUACUACAUAUAGUAGACUGCGUCUCCUCGCCGGCCAUCGUCAGUGAUCAUCUCGUCGUGGAACUACUUUUCCAGACGUCCGGUCAACCAAGGAACACAUCAAGGUGCACAAGUACACCGAGCUUAAGGCACUGGUUUUAGUCGUGACUGGCAACGCCAUCUAUCGUGAUUCAUCAUGUCUUCUACUGGUCAUCCGAAUGCGUACUCCGAGACGCCGUCAUAUACCGCAAAUGGAGGGGAAGAUCUUGCAAGUACUAGUGUUGCCGAUCGAGACUUGGGCGAUGCGAUUUUCUUGGUGGUGAUGGGCGUAUCUGGGACAGGCAAAUCUACUCUCGGCGCUGCGCUUUCAAAGGCUCUCCGUCUCCCGUUCAUCGACGGCGAUGACCUCCAUCCGCAAUCUAACGUAGACAAGAUGUCACGUGGAGAACCUCUUACGGACGCAGAUCGCGAGCCGUGGCUGGAGAUUAUCCGCAAGACGGCCGUCAGUAGUGUUUUGCCAAGUCCCGCGAGGGAUGAAGGCCAGGAGAAACCGGGGAUCAUCAUCGCGUGUUCGGCGCUGAAGGGGAGUUACCGGUCAGUGCUAAGGGGCGAAGCUUUAUCGGAAGCAGAGGGGUCGAAAUGCUCGGGAAAGCUUCCGACGUGGUUUGUUUAUAUGAAAGGUUCGCGGGAGGUGCUCAUGGACCGGAUGAUGAAACGUCAGGGGCAUUUCAUGAAGGCUGCGAUGUUGGAUAGUCAGUUGAAGACACUGGAAAGCCCUGAGAAUGAGGAGGGGGUGGUGACGGUGUCGAUAGAGUGGUCGACUGAGGACCAAGUGCGAGAGGUGGUGAGGGCUCUCGGGGAUGGGGGAGAAGGACAGUAGCGUGUGGCGUUGAAGUAUUGAUGAGUGUUUCUUUAAAUGAAAGCUCGCAAUGAAAAUAUUAGUUCUUGCAGGCUUUUUCCUUGAAAAGAAAGAAUGACUGCUUAAAAGCCUUCUUCGAGGUUUGACUGGGUUUCUCUCGUCUUGGACGAGCUCAGCACAAAGACGGACACUUUGAUGCAACUUACAUAUAUAGCAACAUGUGCCCUCCAAUCUCGAUGACCCGUUUACCGUUGAGCACGGAUAUGUGGUGGGUGUUCCGACUUCACAUGUAUCAUGAUUAGUACAUGAGCUUCAAAG